CAAAGGGGAAAUGGAGAAUGGCGGUCUCCCGAGACCGCUAAUAAACCUGAUAUGUCGGAUGUCAGAAGGGUCAGUGAUAAGUAGGCAUUUUUUGCAAUUUGUUUAUGUUUGAAAAAUGUUCGGAAUGAAGCAAAUUAAUUUAAAUGGUAUAAUGAUUGAAGUUGAUGAGGACACAGCGUCCAUGCUAGAAAGGGACUUAGUAUUUAGAGAAAAUUAUGAGAAAGCAGUAAGGAAACAGCUUAAUUUAUCUGAAAUUUUGAGAGACGAUGAGGGCAAUGCAAUAAACAACUCUCAGAACAAUGCUUAUAAAGAAAAUAAGACUGAAUUAGUACCUGAGGAUACACAAUUGGUUUGGUGCUCUAAGAAACCUUCUCCAAGAGAUAUUCAAGCUACCUAUACCUUUUUAGAAUUAAGAGCAAAAUAUGCCAGUGAAUUUGAUGAUAAAAAAAACACAAAAAAUACAAUAUGGCAGAAAAUAGUUAUAGAAAUGAACAAUAACAACUUUUUUGUUGGCCUCGGGUCAGAGGCAACCGAGAGGUGCAGAAAAAAAAUUGCAAAUCUGCAAAGUGCUUAUAUGAAAUAUCAAGAUGAGAGAAGAAAGACUGGUCAAGGAAAAGUGCAGAAACCCCCUUUUUAUGAUGAGCUUGAUCAAAUCUUGGGAUCCAAAGAUAAAGUUACCCCUUCAAUAUUAAUAGACAGAGUCUCAGUAAAUAAUAUAAAUCCAACUGUAUUUGAACCAGUAGCCGGACCAUCCACUGAGCAAGAGAAUAAAAGGCCCAAUAAAUAUGAGUCAGUUAAGACAACUAGCAAACCAGAUCAAAAUGUUGAAAAGAAUAAAUUACUAAAAGAGCUUAUUUAGUUAAAAAAAAAACAGACAGUGAAGAACGAAAAGGUGAGAUAGCACGUAUGUUUUCCUAUUUGGAGACUACUGCAGCUCAACGCUAUGAUAUAAUUAUGGCCCUUUUAAAGAAAAAAGAAAAUAAAAAAAGGAAGGCACAUGACUCAACUUCUGAUAGUGAUUAGUCCUAUAUGUGCCUUAUUAUUCUAUUUAUUGGGUUCUA